AUACCAUAAUGGCAGGAAAAACAGUUGAUUUUUGACUGCUUGCAUGCCUCUGUGUGUACACAAAGACUUAACCUGUUCGUAUUAAUUUGGUUUUCACAAAUAAGAAGGAUUAGACAAUGUGGUUCAAACUUUAAGCUGCUAAAACGUCCAAUCAGGUACGAUGAAACAAACAGAGCAUUUGUCACAAGAUUUCGUGUCAAAGUCAUGUUUCUUGUCUGCAAGUCUCAGAUGUUUGGCUGCUUGAGGCUAGGGUUAACUUUGGGGGGUUUGCAGCAUGUGACUGUGGGGUGGGGAGGUGGAGUGGAGCUCAAGGAAUUUUCCCACUUAGGGAAUUUCUUGGCUCAUUUCAUUUCGAGCACCUACCGUCCCUGUGCUGCUGCGAUGUGGCGASUAAAAGCUGUGGUUUUCUUGUUGUGUCUGGUCCCCACCUACCAACAGUUUCCCCGUCUUUGCACGACCCCAGAAGUCCUGCGGACCAAGGAGUGCUGCCCACCUUGGGAGGGCGAUGGCUCGGCUUGUGGGGCCAGGUCAGGCAGAGGUUCCUGCGAGGAUGUGGUGGUCUCGGAACAGCCCGAUGGACCACAGUACCCCUUCUCUGGCUUGGACGACCGGGAGAAGUGGCCCUUGGUUUUCUACAACCGGACCUGUCAGUGUGCCGGGAACUUUAUGGGGUUUAACUGCGCGGACUGUAAGUUUGGCUACUUUGGGGAGAACUGUAACGAGAGAAGAGAGUCUCUGAGGAGGAACAUUUUUCACCUGACCAGAGCUGAGCGAAACAGACUCGUAUCUUAUCUGAACCUGGCCAAGCAGACGGUCAGCAGGGACUACGUUGUAGCGACGGGGACCUACAGGGAGAUGGAGAACGGCUCCAACCCCAUGUUUGCUGAUGCGUCCGUGUAUGACGUGUUUGUGUGGCUGCAUUACUAUGUGUCCCGGAAUGCAUUGCUGGGCGGACCGGGGAACGUGUGGACCGAUGUGGACUUUGGUCACUGGGCCCCUGCGUUCCCCCCCUGGCACCGCGCGUACCUGCUGCAUUGGGAACAUGAGAUCAGAAAGCUGACCGGAGACGAAAGUUUCUCCAUUCCUUACUGGGACUGGAGAGAUGCCCGGGACUGUGAUGUGUGCACGGAUGAGCUGAUGGGAGGCAGGAGCCCCGUGGACCCCUCUCUUAUCAGCCCGAGUUCUGUCUUUUCCUCUUGGAAAGUUCUGUGCUCUCGGGCUGAAGAGUACAGUACCAGAGGCAUUUUGUGUGAUGCCAGUGACGAAGGCCCACUGCGCCGCAACCCUGGGAACCACGAUCGCAAUCUGGUGGAAAGAUUACCAACAUCAGCAGAUGUGGAGUUCACGCUCAGUCUCCCGAACUACGACACCGGCGCAAUGGACCGCAGCGCCAACAUGAGCUUCAGGAACACUCUGGAAGGAUUCGGGGACCCGCAGACCGGRUUGGGYAACAGUCCUCGYUUGGGGAUGCACGCUUCUCUUCAUGUGUUCAUGAAUGGAUCCAUGUCAUCAGUGCAGGGCUCUGCAAAUGACCCCAUAUUUAUGCUUCACCAUGCUUUUGUGGACAGCCUCUAUGAGCAGUGGCUAAGGAGGCACAGACCAUCUCCAUCUCAGUAUCCAGAGUCUAAUGCUCCAAUAGGSCACAACAGUGACUACCACAUGGCACCGUUACUGCCUCUGCACAGAAACAAAGAGUACUUUAUUUCCAGCAAAGAGCUUGGAUAUGAGUACUCCCACUUGCUUAAUGCCAACCAAAGGCUUGCAGAAUCCUUGCGUCCCUACCUGGAUGACCUGCAGGGUGUGUGGCUGGGCCUGCUGCUCGCAGGACUUUGUGGAGGAGUGGUGACCGCUAUUAUUGCUGUUGCCGUCCUGCUUGUGAAACGUCGAUCCAAAGGAACGCUGUGGCGCUCUGGCAAAAGUUGGAGAACAAUGUCUGCUCUUCCAGAGACCCAGCCGCUCAUCUGGAGCAACGAAACAGAAGAAAGCAAUCCCCGCAGCUAUCAAACAACCAUGUGAAAACACAUGYUGUGCAAGGAUGUACCGACAGUUAACUCAGUUCAUAUCAAUAUAUUUAAAUAGGUAUUAAACUGAGCAUGUGAGACCUUCUACAGUGUUGUAUUAUUCAAUAAAUGGAGAAUGAAUUCUGCAAAA